AUGCGGCGGGAAAUAUCGGAAGGCAGCAGCUUUGCUGCUGUUGCUGCUGCUGCUGCUGCUUGGGACCCUAAAAAGGACUUUUUGUUGGAAAUAGAAAACUUGAGUUGUGUUUCCGAAGAAGACAACAAAGAAAUAUUAAAAGGAGUCAAUUUGAAAAUAAAGGCCAAGGAAAUCCACGCAAUCAUGGGCAGAAACGGAUCCGGGAAGUCGACGCUGUCGAAGGUGCUGGCGGGCUCGCCCAGCUACCGCGUGACCAGUGGUCACGUGGCCUUCAAGGGAGUGGACCUGCUGCAGCUCGGAGUGGACCAGCGGGCUCUCUUGGGAUUGUUUUUGGCUUUUCAAUAUCCCCUAGAAGUGCCGAUGGUGUCUUGCUUCCAAGUGCUGAAGACCGCGCUGCAGCAGCGCGCAGCAGCAGCAGCAGCAGCAGCAGCAGCAGCGGGGGAGGCCCCCGCGCAGCAGGCCGACGACGACCACGAGCUCCAACGCAGACUCGAACAGCUCGCGCAGGCAAACCCUAAACCCUAA